AUGGCUGAGAGAAAAAAUAAGAUGGAUUCAGGUAAAUAUUCUUGUUCCAUCUGUUUGGACCUACUGAAGGAUCCAGUGACUAUCCCCUGUGGACACAGUUACUGUAUGAACUGUAUUAAAGACUACUGGGGUGCAGAAGAUCAGAGGAGAAACUACAGCUGCCCUCAGUGCAGGACAGAGUUCAAACCGAGGCCUGGACUGGUAAAAAACUUCAUGUUAGCAGAGUUGGUGGAGGAUCUGAAGAAGACUGGACUACAAGCUGCACCAGUUCAACAUUAUUUUGCUGGAUCUGAAGAUGUGGCCUGUGAUGUCUGCACUGAGAGGAAGAUGAAAGCUGUCAAGACUUGUCUAGUUUGUCUUGCCUCAUAUUGUGAGAAUCACCUCCAACCUCACUACGACAUCCAUGGACUGAAGAAACACAAGCUGGUGAAUCCCUCCAAGAAUCUCCAGGAGAGCAUCUGCUCCCGUCAUGAUGAGAUGAUGAAGAUCUUAAUGAAUGAAUUUGAAACCGUCUCAGUGGCAUCAGAAAGAGCUGAGAAGCAGAAGAAGCUCCAGGAGAGUCAACAACAAAUCCAUCAGAGAAUCCAGGACCGAGAGAAAGAUGUGAAGCUGCUUCAACAGGAGGUGGAGGCCAUCAAUGUCUCUGCUGAUAAAGCAGUGGAGGACAGUGAGAAGAUCUUCACUGAGCUGAUCCGUCUCGUCCAGAAAAGAAGCUUUGAGGUGAAGCAGCAGAUCAGAUCCCAGCAGGAAACUGAAGUGAGUCGAGUCAAAGAUGUUCAGGAGAAGCUGGAGCAGAAGAUCACUGAGCUGAAGAGAAAAGACGCUGAGCUGGAGCAGCUCUCACACACAGAGGAUCACAACCAGUUUCUCCUCAACUACCCCUCACUGCCAGCACUCAGGGAGUCGACACACUCAUCCAGCAUCAACAUCCGACCUCUGAGACACUUUGAGGACGUGACAGCAGCUGUGUCAGAGCUCAGAGACAAACUACAGGACAUCCUGAGAGACACGUGGAGAAACAUCUCACUGAUGGUCAAUGAUGUGGAUGUUCUACUGUCAGAACCAGAACCAAAGACCAGAGCUGGAUUCUUAAAAUAUUCAACAGAAAUCACUCUGGAUCCAAACUCGGCACACACACAUCUCUUAUUAACUGAGGUGAACAAAAAAGUAACAAUAAUGAAACAACAACAAUCUUUUUCUCAUCAUCCAGACAGAUUCACAUUUUAUGAUCAAGUUCUGAGCGUCCAGAGUCUGACUGGAUGUUGUUACUGGGAGGUGGAGUGGAGAGCUGAAGCAAUCCAUGUUGCUGUUUCCUACAAGGACAUCAGUAGAGACGGGACUUCAGAUGAAUGUGUGUUUGGAUUCAAUGACAAAUCUUGGGUGUUAAGUUGUUACACAAAGGGUUAUACAUCUUUGCACAACAGAGUUAAAACUCCAGUACCAGGUCCAGUUUCCUCCAGAAUAGGAGUGUACCUGGACCACAGAGCAGGUAUUCUGUCUUUCUACAGCGUCUCUAAAACCAUGACUCUCCUCCACAAAGUCCAGACCAGAUUCACUCAGCCGCUUCAUGCUGGGGUCCGACUUUUUGACCUGGGAGACUCUGCAGAAUUCAAAAUAUCGGAGUAGAACAGCAACGCAAAGAAUCACAACAAAAUACUUAGCUAUGAUACAGGACAGAAUGAAAAAUACAUUUCAAUAGAUUAUGUACAUUUUGAUUGACUUUUAAA